CGAAGAGAUAGUGGUCAAUCAACUCAUGCAUCGAGAGGUUGAAUACAUUGUUGAUAUCAGACCCAUCGAACAUAGUUUAUCAGCUUCGAGCUCCAACAGUAUGGAUGAACUUAGCGCUGGAACACAAAUCGGCCAGAUUUGGGCUGGUCCUAGCCAUUGGAAAUUGAAACCUAUCAGAAGAACCAGCCUGAUUUAUAGUGGCGUGGAUAAAAAUGAAGAAAAACUCAACGAAAAGAAGAAGCCAGGCCGCAAAAGAAAAAGAAUCGACCAUCUUCCAAUAGACUUUGACAGGUUAAAACCGCCAAAAGACUUGACCCAUGUCACUAACAAGCCAUUCAAAAAGAGAAAUCUUGAAGUAGAUGAAGACAAGGUCACAAUGCCAAUGGAAGAGUCAUCAUGUGAAAAUUUGAGGGACAAUAUUGAAUACCUUAUUAAUAUUCCUACCAUGAAGCCAAUUACGAAAACCAACAAAGAGAUUGAUAAUGAUAAUGAGGUUGUCUAUAUUAUUGCUACAAUUUACGAUGCGCUUUCGCCACGGCAUCCAGAUUACAUGCCAAAAUUCUAGAAAAGGCAAAUACGAUUAUUGCGUUUAUUAGGGAUACAUAAAGGCCGGUAUUAGAAGUUUUUAAGUUUAAGAUUGACUGUGACAUGAUUUAGAUAGUGAUUAUUGUUGAGAGUUGUAAAGAGUUUAGUUAAUUAGUGGAGUAAUUAGUGUCAGAGUGCAUAGUAACGUGGAAUAAAUUAUUAUUGUGUUAAUUGGACUUUGAUUUUUGAAUAAACGGACCCAAGAUUUUUCUCACGCAUGCCAGAGCCGUGACAUUGGUAUCAGAAGUGAGACAUAAUUCGAGGACUACAAAGUGAAAUCCGAUUGCAGAAUACUGGGCGGGCACUGUUGACACUAUAGUGAACACUGCGACAGUGAGUCAGUGUAAGCAGUGACAAUCACCAAAAGAGACUUAACCGAUUGUGUAAAUUACCCCGGAAGUGACUGUAUACCCGAUUGUGACUGUGAUAGUGAAUUUUCAAGUAAGCUCUAGAAAAGUUAUUUAAAAACCAAGGGAGAUAUCGAAUUUCUGACUUCGCCAACGUAUUCAAUACAUCAAUAGCCAUUCAGAAAAAGAAUUUCUAGGAAUUUCGGGAAAAUUCUAGAAUAUUCUAUUUAGAAACCAAGGGAAAUAUUGACUUUGUGACUUCACCAACUUGUUUGCUAUAUCAAUCGACAUUCGGAAAAGACAUUUCAAGAAAAUUCUAGAAUAUUCUUUUCGAGUUUAAAGUAAGUUAUUCAAUUUGUGACUCCUCCAACGUGUUUGGAACUUCAAUCAAAGACCAGGGAAGAUAUUUGAAGAGAGUUUGAGGGAAAUUCCAGAACAUCCUGUAUAUGCCUAUUACGAGAUAACAAGCAAAAAUGGAAAAAAAAAAAUUGAAGAACUUCUGCGCAAAAUAUUGGAACUUCAAGAGGCUAGACGACAAAAAGAAAAACAAGAUGAAGAAGCUAAACGACAACAAGAAAAACAAGACGAACAGGCCAGGCGAUAAAAAGAAAAACAAAAAGAAGAAGAAGCUAAACAACAAGAAAAACAAGACAAAGAGGCCAGGCGACAAAAAGAAAAACAAGAAGAAGAAGCUAAACAACAGGAAGUGGAAAACCAAAUUGAUAAAAUGCUUCAAGAGGGAUUAAUUGAAGAGUCAAAUAGUUCAAGGUCUACGCCAGUAGUAUUCGUUACGAAGAAAUAUGAAAGUCUUAGGUUUUGUGUGGACUACUGUAAGCUUAAUGACGUCACUAAGAAGAACAGCUACCCUCUCCCAAGGAUAGACGAUACAUCAACAACUCUAUCGGGCUCCAAAUGGUUUUCCACCUUGCAUCUCACAAGUGGAUACUGGCAAGUGGCAAUACACAAAGAUGACAAAGAGAAAACUGCCUUCAGUAACGGAAGCGGGUUAUACCAAUUUAACGUAACGCCCUUCGGAUUGUGUAAUACUCCAGCUACGUUUGAGCGACAUGCAUCUUGUUUUGCAAGGCCUUACAUGGAGAACUUGCCUGGUAUAUUUAAAUGCUGUCAUGCUCAUGGAAAAUUCGUUUCAAGUACCUACAUUUCAAUAACCUGAAAGAAGUUU